GCACCAUAAUUCAAAAGCAUCCAUUCUUCUGCGAUCAGCCUUCUUUAUGGUCCAGCUCUCACUUCCAUACAUCACUAUGGGGAAAACCAUAGCUUUAACUAUACUGAUAACUAUAGAUAACAUGAGACCCUCCCCCCAAUGCUCUCUGCCGCCCCCUAGAGCCUGGUCGGAGGGGGUGAGUCUAGAUUAGCAGGCCUCCCAGCGACAAGCGCGGGUUGAAGGGGCGGCCUCUUCUGCCUCCCGCGGCCUCCUCUCCUCUCCCUCCGCGCUCGGCUGGGCGGUCCGAGGGGAAGCUCUCCUCUCUCUCGGCGAGGGCGGGGGGUAGAAGCCAGCAGCCCGGCGCGGGAGCGGCGGCUCUAGGACCCAGGGGGAUGCGGCGCGGCCGGGUUCUCCGAGCCAGAUUGCCAAUUCUCCUCCGUGACUCAGUCGGCUCUGCGCAGCGCACAGUAGGCGGCGGCAGCGGCGGCCGGGGCUGAGCGCAAGCGAGCAGCAGGUCCGUGGGGCUCGGGGGGAGGCGGCCGUGUGGGGAGGGGGGAGGGGGAGGGAACUAGGCCGGGCCCACCCGCCCGGAGCGCCGCCGCUUCCUGCGCCGCGCUGCCCUCCCCGCUCGGGCCUAGCGUCGCCUCCUCCUCCGCUGCCGCCGCUAACGGCGGCCGCCGCCUGUUGUCUUUGCAGAGCGCCAAGAUGGAGUACGAGUGGAAACCCGACGAGCAGGGGCUCCAGCAGAUCCUGCAGCUGCUCAAGGAGUCGCAGUCCCCGGACACCACCACGCAGAGAGCCGUGCAACAAGUAUCCUCCUCCCGAAGGGGUGGCGGCGCCGGGAGGGAAGGAGGGAGCGCCAGGCCGGAGCCCGGCCGGGCCCAACGCCUGGGCCCCCCGCCGCCGGAAGGGCAGAGGAGCCGCGCAGGAGGGAGAGAUUCCGCCGGGCGGAGGAGGAGGAGGAGGCCGCUUCCCUUCGGGGUCGCCGGCUGGCGGAGGCCGGGGGCGUUGUAGGCCCGGCCUCCGCCCGGCCGUGGCGCGGGCUUUGAACCGCCAGGAACGGAGGCGGCGACCCUGCUCUGGCCCCGCGAGGCUUCGCGGCCUCGCACCUGUUGCCCGCCUGGCGCCGAGCCCCGUUUGGCUUUUUAAAGGCUUGGCAGCUCCGGUGUCGGGAUCUCCCCUCCCCUCAUCUCCGGGCCUGGGCAGGAGGACCUUUUCGGCCAUGAAUUCUUCCCCCAGCUCAAGCCCUCCGCCGGUGGUUCCUCUGGAUAACCUGGCUGGCUUUGGACGAGACACGUGUGGAAGCGGUCCUUUGUACCCCCGGGGCACGGAGUCGUGUCGGACCACCCCGGCGCACGUGUGAUUGAUAGCGCCCGGCGAGGCAGCUGGCUUUGUUGGCAUUUCGUUUAACAGGUAGAAAGGACGGCAGGUCGCUAUUGCAGACGAAGAGGGUAAGGGUCACCUUCAGAAGUGGGGAAAUAGGCUGCAAACCGUUAGUUCCCCGUUUCCUUUUGUUGCAUUGUGAAGACCCAUUGUCUGUUAUGGACUCGGUAGAGAGCUGAUGGAGGGGCUUGCUUGUUGAAUGUGUAUAGGAGACACUCAUACUUCUGCUAAAGGCUGGAUGAAAUCAAAGGUUUCUCGGUUGAAACCUCCUAAAGCGUGUAGUUCUUACAUGUGCAUUGGUAUGGUUAAGAAAAAAGCUUGCAGAUGUAUGUUUAUAGCAUUAGGGUCCAAAGUUACAGUGUUUGUUUUCCCUUGGACUAGAGAUCUGGGUAUGAUUCAGAAGGCUGAACCAAAGUAAAAAGCAUGCAGCUAAUCAAACAUAAAAUGUACGACAAGGCACAGUGCUACUAAAAUGAAAUGAUUGAACAACUGGUGGUUGAUAGGUAUGGUUUGUUCAGAUUUUCAGUUUACAAAUGUGUGUUUUAUCCCCACUAAAUUCAGAUUUCCAGAGUACUUUACAAUGAAAUAUCACUGAGCAUGGUGUAGUAAACGGACGGGAGAAAUGUAAAAAAAUAAUCUCAUUUUUUACAAAUAGUGGUCCUGAUGGGUGACUUUCACCCACAACUCUCCAAUUUUAUGAGCCUAUGCUGGGUCACACUAGAUUGCCUUAUUUCGUUUUCCCAUCUGCACUCCCUCGGGGUAGGCUAUUGUCAGGGAUAACGAACUAUUUUGGAACCUAAUUGCAGAAAAGUGUCACAACAGUCCAUGGGUGCAACUAAGGUGGUAGAUUUCCCUAUGAGUAGAAAAUCAUAGAAUUGUAGAGUAGGAAGGGACUUGAGGAUCAUCUAGUCCACCCCUUGCAAUGCAGGAAUCCUGCCCAUGACCAUCCCUGGGUGGGCUCAAACCACCAGCCUUCUGGUUAACUGCCAGACGCACUGACCCAUUGUGCCACUAGCCUGCUUUUUGGCUGACCAAAUGGGACGAACUUACUACUUUUCUGACAUGAAUGUCAUGACCUGCAUCUUGCAAAAGGAUCAGUGAGAAACUUGAUCCUUACUUGACAACUGUCUAGGCUUCUCUGCUGAAGUUCUUACACUUUGAGAACCAUUGACAAAGCAGUGGGAACAUAAGGAAUUUUCUACUUAACUGGAGUCCUUGUAGCACCUUAACCAUUAUUUGUAAGGAACCUUAAUUACAAAUUACAAAAAUAAUAUGCUUUUAUAUAGAUAGUAGGAAGAUACAAGCAGAUAUUGUUUUCAAAGCAUUGCUCAAUGGCUGGAAUAUUUGAUAUGUCCCUCCUACCUCUUUGAUAGUUAAGUGGGUGUAGGAAGGGCUUAGCUAACAGCCCAUAUUCAGAAGUAAUGUACACUCUUAUUAUUAUUCAUUAAAUUUGCAUACUGCCCUAUACCCGCAGGUCUCAGGGCAGUUCACAGUUUCUCCUAUUGUUUUGUGCCCAAUCUGAUAAUCUGAUUGCUGGGUUGGUUCCUUUCUGGUUAGAAGUAUGAUAUCACAGCUGCUGAUAGAUGGUGAAGCGGCACCUUUUUAAAACAUACAUUCUUGAAAUAGGUAUGUGUUUGACCACUUUCUACCAUCUUGAGUUUGAUACAUCAACAUGCAGUAUGCUCAGUUGAUGUUUUGUAAUAGGGAAAAGUAAUUGGGUACAUUGCAUUGCCUAGAAUGCCAGACUAAUUUUGCUAAAAUAGAUUCAUUGGCUUUCUUCAACAUCUCUGAAAGUGACAAGAACACUGGAAAAUAACUUGGGAGUAAUCAAACUCAAUAGAAGAGAACAGAAAACACUCCUGUAGCGACACCACACUGUUUUCUAUGGCUUGCACAUCUUUCUGACAUUGUUAGUAAGAUGAACUAUAACAACCAUAUGUCUACAUGUGUACAUACGAAUAUUUAUUUAAAAUACUUACAAUGCUAUUGUAUACAUGCCUUCAAAGGAGUUAAAUUUAAUUCAAUGGGGUCUGCUCCCAUGGAUGGGCUUACAAGAUUGUAUCUUUACUGUCUGCAACAGCAUUUUACUAGAAUACUUUAUCAAAGUUUUAUUUAUUUCUAAAAUGUCUGAAUUCUUCACAUUGUUUCAGAUUUAGAUUGCAAUCCUAGACAUGGGUACAAAUCUUUCAAAGCUGGCGUGACUCUGAGAGUGUGAGUAGCUUUCAUUGCAGCCUAAGGCUGCAAUCCUAUCACUCUCAAGAAGGUUCCAUUGGACCCAGUGGGACUUGUUUUUGAAUAGGUGUGCAUGGGAUUAACCUAUAGGAUGUAUAAGCAUGCAUAGUGUAAACGGGUAUGCUCACUUAAUCUUGAAAUGAGUCUCUAUGCAUCGGUUGAUUCUCGCAGUAGUCAGUCUGCGAGUAACUUAACUUUAAAUGACAGCAAAAAUCUAGGUGAGUUGCAAAAGUUAGCACUGGGUUUCUGCCAAUGUGGUACUCACCAGAUGUUACGGACUAUAAUUCACAUCACCCCUGACCAUUGCCGUGGCUUGGGGCCGAUGGCAGUUGUGUUUCAUUGCUUGAGUCUCAUGGGUUGAGCCCAGCAGAGACACUAAUUUGCUGCCAUUUGCUUUGGAUUUGACAAGGCCUAAGGCAAGUUAUGGGGAGGAAUGGUUUCUGUAUAUGCUAACCCCUACUAAGCAGGGAAGAGCAAUGAUCUGCAUUGCAUUUGCAUCCAACAGAGAGCUAGGAAACUGUGUAUGGGAAGCUCUUAACAGCAGAAGGGAGACAUAGCUAUGCAUGCUUCCACAUGGUACUGCGUUAAAUUUCCAGUUUUUUCUAUUGUGGUUGUUGGUGGCAAAUGUUCCUUGUUCUUGACAGCCAGUUAAAUGGCAAAUAACAAGACCUCCAGAUUUGUACUGAAGUACCUUGCUGUGUUUGCUGUCCUGAUUACACUUUGUCAGUAGUUAGAAACUUUUUACUUCCAGUUUUGAUCUUUUAAAAAACAAGCAAAAAACCAAAACAGUUUCAGCUGCAUGUUUAAAUGUAUUGAGAACUUGCAAACAAUGCCCAAGAAAUGGUCUUUAACAGAAUGCUCUACUGUAGAAACUGGAACAGCUCAAUCAGUAUCCAGACUUCAACAACUACCUGAUAUUUGUUCUUACGAAGCUAAAAUCUGAAGGUGAGUCACUAACUCUAUACCAUUUUUAAUAAGCACUCACAAAACUAGAAAAAAUACGCAGGCACUUUUCAUGUUUGGGGGCUUUUUACUUGCAAUUUUGUAGAUUACAAUCCUGCGUUUGCUGUGUGUGAUGAAAGGCACUGUAGGAAUUCAGUGCAUACAUAAAUAUAGUCUGUAGACUUGAUUAUAAUCAAAUGUUCCUUAUGCUGUGGUCCCAAGAUCAGUUGUUUUGAAAUAAAUGGAAUUUGCUUUCAAGCACAUCUGUUUAAGUUAGGGUUGUGAGUAACAGGUAUUGGUGGAGCUUUCCAAGAUUCUUACUAAAAAACCCAGAUGUUUUCAUGUCAAUGAAACUAGUCGUGGUGUUAACAUGGCUACAAUAUCUGACAGAAAAGCAAAAGUUGUUCAAGGGCAAGGGUGUCCCCCCCCCCCAAACAUUUAUAAAAUGAUGGUGAUGUUAAAUAGUACAGAUAUUUUAACUGUGGAGGGGAGAAGCAGAGAACCUUUGCUUAAGGGAGUGCACAAAAUUAUGCACUUUUGCUAGUCUUCAUUUAUUUUGAGCUACUGUUAUUCCUGUGUGCAAGUCAGUUCUGCCAAUUGUUUAGAUAUUUUAUGACCCCUUUAGUAAUCUUGCUCCCUAUACAUUAACAUUGGCUCUGUAACAAUGCAUCCAUCUUUAAAAAAUAAAACAUUCUUUUCUAAUCCUGCUUUUGAUGCAAGGCUCCCUGUUAGAGCCUUCUAAAGGCCAGUGUUUGGAUCCAUAACCAUGUAUUUCCUGCUAAAUUAUUCAAGCUCCGGAUUCUUACUAAAUGUGGCAUUUGGAUAAUAAAAAAAAAGCACUGGUUUUUGUGACGGUAGGAUUUGGUCUUUAUGCAGGAAGUGUACCUCUAGUUUGGGUUUUGUGCUUGGCUGUUUUAUUUCCGUGGAAUCCUAUUCAUGGCCUGCUUAGAACUAAAGACACGUUAAGUUCUAUUAAAUUUAUUCUCAGGUAAGUGUAAGCAGGACUGCAGCCUUAGUCUGGGUGUUCAAAUCAUGGAAUGUUUUCCAACACAAGUCUAUAUUUUUAACACACUUGAAAUUCUGUUUAACUAAAUAAGCAACAGGGUUCAUUCUUAGAAUGUCGGUAUCUAGCCUGGCUCACCAAAUCAUCCAGGAGGGGACAAAGAAGCAGUUAAGACAUCCUAUGUCCAAACUUUCCAAAAUGUGGUUAAUACAGAUUCUUCUUUGGCAUUUGUUUGCGAAUUUGACUAAAAGAUAAAAAUGAAAGCUUUUUAGUAAAAAUAUACUAAUAGGGUCUAAAUUGUAUUAUAGUUUCUAUUCCUUGAUUGUACCUUAAUGUGAAACUUAUUUUUAAGCAAAUAUUUUCUUUUCUUUUCAGAUGGGUUUUAGGGUAUAAAAAACCCUCAUCUGCCUUGUACUUUUUUUUAUUUAUUGGUGGUGAAAAUAUGGCAUUGCCAUACAGUAGUUAAGAAAGAGACUUAUUCACAUGACAAGACUUUUUAGGAUUUCUUUUUCCUUAAAUUUUGAUGCAGGCCGUGGGAAGGUCCCCAUGUACAGUAUUCUGGGCAGAUGGCUUCCCACUACAAAGCACAGGAUAAAUAAACUCUGGACAAAGUGAGGUGUUGUUCUCAAGAUAUUACUCUAGUACCAUAGGCCUUAUUCCUUAGUGACAGCCAUGAAGUAUAAAACAAUUUAAAUUUUAUACUUGAUAUUGUGAGCCCUGCUACAAGAUGGCUGGUGUGUCCUGUUUCUAGGUAAAGGAGUGCUUCACUUAUACUGUACAAUCAAGUUCUUGGGUUUUUUUAACAGCUAAUUUUAAUGUGUCCCUGAUAAAGUUUUGCCAUAUGAAAUAUUAGCAGUGUUUAAAGCUUCUGUAGAGUAUGUAUUAUUUUACUAAAAUAUUUAAAUUCCACUUUGAAACUCUUCAUUUUAGAUGAACCUACACGGUCGUUGAGUGGUCUCAUCUUGAAGAAUAAUGUGAAAGCUCACUUUCACAAUUUUCCUAAUGGAGUAACUGAUUUCAUUAAAAGCGAGUGCUUAAACAAUAUUGGAGACUCCUCCCCGUUAAUCAGAGCCACUGUAGGUGAGUUGCAGGUAUUUAAAAGUAUUUGUAGGCCAGUUCUUGGUGGCAACUGUUUGCAUGCUAUGCUAAAUGACUUGAAAGCUUCUGGGAGAGCUGUUUUAGAGGGUUUCUUAAAAUGUGUUUGUUUGUUUGUUUAAUAAUUGAGAGGUCCAAAUAUGCUAGUGUACCAAUCCAAUCUGAUUGGAUAGGAUAGUGUACUGUACUUCAAUAUUUUAAUUACGGUAAUAUUGGAAUAUUGUGGUCUAUAUUACCCAUAGUGAAACAUUUUGACAUAAAUCCGUUUAAUAUAUCAUUGGUUUCCAAGUCCUUUGUUCUUAUCUUCACAGAAAACAACAUUUUCUUUCUUUAGAUGUUUUUGUUUUGACCAUUUACUAUGCUUCUGGUCAAGUUGUGUGUUAAAGUAAUGUUUCAUCUUUGUGACUAAAAUUGAAAUGGGUUUUAAACUUCAGUUGACUGUGAACUGCCCUGAGAUCUUCGGAUGAAGGGCAGUAUACAAGUUGAAUAAAUAAGACUUUACUAUAUAUACAUUUUGGUUGUAGUGACAAUCAGCAGUGUGUUAUAUGUUAGUUCAGGGUAGAAGAAAGUAGUUGCUGUCUACAAAUCUUUGCAAUGAAAAGUCACACACAAAGUAAAGGUAGCUGUGUUGGCUCAUAAAAAAAAAUUAGGGCAAUACCUUCUCUUGGGCUAACCAAAAUAAUCACAAAAUGGUGGGCAAGUUUCUGAAGAACUCAUCAGAUUAGCAGGUGGAAGGGGUCCACAUCUGGUAAGACUCUUCAGACAGAAUGUGGGAGGAGGUAGCAGAGAUCCAAAUGAAACUCUUAGGUGCUGUGCAGUUAACAGAUGGCACAAAGGCCUAUUGGGAAGAGGAGAAACAGUGGCUGAUUCCCCAUUUCUGGAAACACACAAACUCACUGCUACCCAGAAGAUAGUCAUUGGAGUGUGGAGUAUGGUGACAUUGUUUUGACAUGUGGAAAGGAGGAUGGAUUAAAGCUUUCUCCUUGCACUUCAAGGAAGCAAUUACUUUAAAAUCGAUUACAUUCUGUGAAUAUAUGGUUGGCUAACUUCUGAAACAUUUAAAUGGCUUUUUGCUGGACACAGCUGAAUUCUCCACAGUUCAGUCUCCUCCACACCUCCAAUCCAUGUUGAUAAAUAACAAUUUCCAUGCUUUUGAAAUGUAACAUUUUAAGGAAAAUGUGUAGAGUAUGAUUAUCAAGGUGGGAUUUUUACUUACAGAAUGCAAAUACAGGUCAUAUUUUCUUCUGUGAAGUAGGAGAGGAGCACGUUUCCUUUGGCACAACCACAUUUUGCAAGUGGAAGGGUUUAGCUGAUUCUAUAAACUACAAUAUUUAAAGAAGGAUUAUAUGAAUCAGUGUUCCGCAAAUGGUUUAAGAGAAGCUGUUUAUAUUAGUAGGUCUAUCCUCUUGACCACUACUUGUGAUGUAGCCAUUCAAUACAUUGAAUAUCUUGGAGCUGGAUCACAAGGAUUUUAAUCAGAAGUUCCCUGCUCCCUUAUAAAUGUGCACAGGGUUUCAACAUUAGGUUUGAGCCACAACAUUGGAAGUUGUUGUUUUAAAGUCUUUACCGCUAGAAAAGUUUAGUGUAAUCUGUUUUGCUUGUACUGGUUAUUUACUGAUAGUUCUCUUAUUUCCCUCUGCCACUCAUUAGAAUGUGAAUAUUUUUAUAGCUUUAUGGUGUAGCUAACUGUCUUCAGUCUGAAAUGAUUGCCUUGUUUCUGUGCUUUGAAGGUAUUUCGGAGAUCUUUCAGAGCUGACUGGUAAUUGUUCCAAAGAGGAAUGACUUAGCAACUCUGCCUAAGGGGGAUUGUAGUUCCAUAAUCUGAACCUAAUAAAUGGUUUGUUAUAAGGCAAAUCCAGCAAUCAUUUUGAGUGUGGUCAGUGUUAAGAUUGGUGUUAGUUUUGUAGAGCAAAAUUAUUGAUCUUUCUACACUAGUAUAACUUGGUACUCACAUGUUUACUUUAGGUGAACAAGUGUGGUCCCCAGGUGUUCCCAAUGCUGCCAUAAAUGGCUGCUUGCAGCUAGAGUUGUAGAAGCCUUACUGCCCUGUAAAUACGCAGUUGAAAAGCUGCAUAUGUAGCUAUACCACUGCCUUUCUAGAUUCCCUCAACCCCUGUAGUAAUGGCCAGCAGUGGCCAUCUAUCUGCCUAGUGUUAAACAGUGUUGCUUGGAAUGUUGAUUUCAUCACUUAAUAUUUCUGUAGCUUUAGAAAAACGAUGGAUUUGAGAGCAGAGGAAUUUCUUUACUUAUCAAAUUAAUUCUGUUCACAGACUGAAAGAUCAAGCCAUCUUUCUGUUUAAUAUACUAAAGAGGAAGGCUGCUCCUGUUUCUGAUAUAAUUUAUUUGCUAACACUUGUAUGCUUACAUCAGAAUACUAAAUGGUUAACUUUAUUCUUUUUCCAACAAAUCCAAGGUAUCCUGAUUACAACCAUUGCCUCAAAAGGAGAAUUGCAGAAUUGGCCUGAUCUCUUACCAAAGCUUUGUAGCCUACUGGAUUCUGAAGACUACAAUACCUGUGAGGUAUGACUUAUUUUCCAUCUAGUACUUCAUUUGCAUUUGGUAGAAGAUAACCAAAUUUAAAAUUGCAUUUAAACUGCAUUGUAAUCUAGCCAUAAUUACUACUGAACAGUGUAGGAAUCUAUUUUUACCUUUAAUCUUCCAAAAAGCGAUUUAAAUGAUCCUGCUCACCCAAGCACAUUAGUGUUGAUCUGUUACCCGUAAGAAAAUAGCAUAAUUCUCAGUGAAAGUUGAUUGAAAUAUUGGGGUAAUUGUUGUAUAACAGACACUCAAUAAGGUCCAAUUUUUUUGCUGCCUGCUACUCAAGUGUGCAAAUGUUCUUUCGCAUGUCAAUGUAAUCCUGUUUAGUAUUGGAGACUUCUGAGAGAACAUGCUAAGCAAGACUUGUUCAUGCAGAUUUUUGCAUUUAUUCAAUCUUGCUUAUUCACCUAUGUUGUUCUAGGUCUAGGAGAUCUGGGAAGACUUUAGGCAGGAUGCUUGGGUGCCAAAACGUCCUCUGCUUUUUGAUGCCUAGAUGCUGGGUGCUUUCCACUUCGGAGGCUAACGUGGGGAAACCUUCCCACUUCAUCCCUGGAGUCAAUCUAUCUUUUGCUUCCACAGCAAAUGGUUACAGGAUCCCAGCCAGGUGUAACUGAUUGGUUCCAGCUUGCAUUUUUAAUCUAGAAAUUGCUACCAGGUGUUAUUUUUUAAAUAGGAGUGUACUGAGAUAAGGGAGUAAGGAUUUCUAAAAUAAUAAGGUGUCCAUAUACCACACACCAAAAUGUGUGUUUAUUUGGCAGGGUGCAUUUGGAGCUCUUCAGAAGAUUUGUGAAGAUUCUGCUGAAAUCUUAGAUAGCGAUGCAUUAGAUCGCCCUCUCAAUAUCAUGAUCCCUAAGUUUUUACAGUUCUUCAAACAUAGCAGUCCAAAGAUAAGGUAAGAGAUGACCAUGCAUGUUUGUAUACACACACACACACACACACACACAUUUUUCAAAUACUUCAGUUAGCAAGAUUUUAUGGGAAGGUAUUUUAAACAUGGCUAACUUGAAUGCCAUUUCAGGCCAAAAACAAAUUGUUUAUCUAGUCUGACUGAUACUCUUCCAGUUUCUGAGACCUUGAACAAAUGCUUUGCCUUUGCUGAAGUUCCUCAGCAUCGUUUCAUGAAAGCAUGAGCUUCACUGGAGCUUAGCACCAUUGUAAACAGCUAUUUACCUGGCCUCUAGGAAGGGAAACUAUUGUAAACCAGAAGUGUCACUUCUUUUUGCCCAAGGCAGUUGCUGUGACGCAAGUGAUUACCAAGUACAAGUGGGAAGCCAGUCAAUAAACUUUUGUCAUUAAGGCAGCGUAGGUGUAUUUUUACUGAAUACUAACAGAAACACUUCCAGUUGUCUCCUGGAUGUAAACUCUUUCUCUCCCCCGCCCCACAUCUUAGUGUUCCCGAACUACUCAAUUAACCACACUUGAAUCUUAAUGUGUGUAUGACAUUUGGAAAGAGCCUUGACUUUGGAGCGGCAGUCCAAAAAUAAAUGUCUUGACUUGCACACAGACCUCUUUGGAUCCCAGCUGCAGUGUUCAUGUUUUGUAACUUGUAAAUCCUUGGGCUCACUUAAAAUUUGGGCAUGCUUUGGAGAUUACACUUGGUUAUAACUGGUGUAGAAUGUUUUUACUGUUCCUGAGUCUUUUCUGGUUGCUAAUAGUUGCUAUACACACAUGCUAUAGCCAUUGUACUAUUAAAAAAACUGGUUGUUUCUUUCACACAUCAGUUUCAAAUCUGUUUUGAGUCUUAGAAGUGGUGAAUGUACUUUUUGAUUUGAUUUUUAAAAGAAAAAAAUUACAUUUUGUAGGUCCCAUGCAGUUGCAUGUGUCAAUCAGUUUAUCAUCAGUAGGACUCAGGCCCUUAUGUUGCACAUUGAUGGAUUUAUUGAGGUAGGUGACACAAAGUUUCUUAUCUUUUCUGAGUUUGAUCCUUUAAAAUUGUUGAUAAAAUUUUAAUUAAACUAUGGAAAUUGAACACAAACAUGCAGGUCUCCCACACCAUGAAAGCAGGGUAAGAAUGAAAUGUGUGAAGUCGUAAAGUUUAUUAGUGUGUGAAACCAUUGCAGGGCUUAGAACUUUGAACAAUAGCUGCUUUCAAGUUCUGUAUUAUAUAUACAGCAGGGGUAGGGGACCAUUUUGGCCUGGCAGGCCAUACUGUCGGGUAGCUGCGUGCAACCUGGUAUGUUUCCCACAUUCCCUUCCCUUGGGAAAGGCCAGUUGGGCUUACCUGGUGAGGAGGAGGGCUGAUGGCUACAAUUUUCGGGUAGCCGCAAACUGUAGAUCCUUCCUUGUGAAGAGCUACAGUAGUAAUUCAAUGGAAACUUAAAAAUGGUCCCUGCAGGUAUCAAAGCUGGUAGAAUUCCCACUAUAACAAUUGUUUCAUAAGUGUUUUCCCCCCGCCCAGCCAAAAGACUUUUAGAAGCAGAAAUUUCAUGGCUAUGCAAUGGAUGCAAUCCAUGGGUGUCUGUGCAUAAGUGGAAUUGACUUCUGUGUGCAUAACAGAACUUUCCUUCUGUCUCCUCUCCCUGCUUGCCCCCUCCCCUAAAUCCUAAAUCAGUGCUGGAGGGUUGAGGGAGGCAUGGGAGGUGUUAUGCAAGCAGAAGCGUGUUCAUGCAACAUUGGAUUUCACCUAAUAGCUUUUGGCUUGAGAAAACACAACAGACCCCCAGUCCCCAAUAUGUCUAUUUCAGUUGACAGAUGCUUUUUCCCAAUGAAGUUAAUCUUUUUAUCUUUAUAACACAGUAAAAAAAACUGCUGGAGCUCUGAAGUAAAUCUGAUAGUAAGGCAAACUAAUAAUUCUAAAAAAGUAAUAUUUAGGUCCACUUCUUUCCUUCCAAAUAAGGGGAUUACUAAAAAUGAAUCAACAUAUUUUAAACCUCAUAGGUGCUGUAAACCAUUUAGUUUGCUCCUGUUCACAAUACCUUUCCCCCUUCAACAGAAUCUGUUUGCGUUGGCGGGCGAUGAGGAGCCUGAAGUACGUAAAAAUGUGUGUCGGGCUCUAGUGAUGCUACUGGAAGUUCGAAUGGACCGCUUACUUCCUCACAUGAUUAGUAUUGUUGAGGUAACUUUUUUGAAUUUUGAUUAAACACAAAUGAAUACACAAUAGCAGUUUUUGUGUGUGUAGAAGGAGAGGGAGAAGUAAAUGGGUAAGAUUCACAUAUGUUCAGGCAUACAUGUGUGUGUCAAAUGUAAAAGGAAAGCCAUACUACUUAAAUUUGCUGAGUGAUUUUUCUGCAUAUGUGGGGUUAUUUUUUUAUUUAAUUUGUAUACCACCCUACACCCAGAAGUAUCAGGGCGGUUCACAGAAAAAAAUCAAAAUAUAAAACCACAAAAUACAUAAAAUAAAAACAAACCAAUAACCCUACAUUUUAAAAGGCAUAGGAUGUCAAUCAAAUCAACCAAAGGCCUGGUUAAAAAGGAACGCUUUUGCCUGGUGCCUAAAGGUGUAUAAUGAAACCGCCAGGCAAACUUCCCUGGGGAGAGCAUUCCACAGAUGGGGAGCCACUGCAGAGAAGGCUCGUUCUCAUGUUGCCACCCUCCAGAGCUCUUGAGGAGGCACACGAAGGAGGGCCUCAGAAGAUGAUAUCUGGGUCAGGAUAGGUUCAUAUGGAAAGAGGCGGUCCUUGAUGUAUUGCAGUCCUGAGCCAUUUAAGGCUUUAUAGGUCAAGCCAGCAGUUUGAAUUGGGCCUGGAAACUAAAUGGUAGCUGCGCGGUCGGACCAGGAUCGGUGUAAUAUGCUCAAACGGUCUUGCUCUGGUGAGCAACGUGGCCGCUGAAUUCUGCACUAGCGGACAUUUCUCAACCGUCUUCAGAGGCAGCCCUUUGUAUAGUGCAUUGCAGUAAUCUAGCCUUAAGGGGUUUUGCACUAGAUUAAAUAUGUAUUGGCUGCCCAUUGCAAAUCAAAAACACUGUUGAGGAUUGUUCUAAAUGUUCUGUUUUAUAUUUGUGAGCUGUUUCACCAUUUGCCAUAAUUCUGUGUGAAGUGUGGAUACCUAAACACAUUUUGUGAAUUUCCUGAUUCAGAAUGGCUCAAUUGUGAUCUGCAAGGUUUUACAAAACUCCCUUGCCUGCCCCAGCAUCAUCUCUGACUGUUGGACAUUGGACAUCAGCUGGAGUUGAUGAAAGCUGGAAUCUAGCAACAUCUAGAGGGCCAUGAGUUAGCCACCCUUAAUCUUCCAUCCAUAUCCUUAGCAGGGCAUUAGAGCAAGUGCUGGUUCUCACAUGCAAAUGUCUGCCUAUUUUCUCAGUGUGAUUUUUGCAGUGUAUAGGACAUAGCUGUAAACCUUUCCCUUUUAUUGCGAGGAAUCCUAUUCGGAAUAAGGGAAUUUCCCUUAAAAAAAGGGAAAAGUUGACAGCUAUGGUAUAGGAUCGCAUGGAGAAAUCUCAUUAUGAACUGCUCUGUAUAUUGAUACAGUUUGCAGUGAUUAGCAAACAUUCCUAAAAUCAUGGGAAUACCUUUUUUGGACACUGGGAGUGGCAUGGAGAAAAUUAUUUAGUUAUUCAUAAGAUUUUAAUUCCCCUUAAGGGUUUCCUUAUGUCUUUCUCAUACAUGUGACCAGUCCCAAGUAAAGAAUGCACUUUCUCAGACUUGGAAAUGUCAGUACUAGGUAGCUGCCAAGCAGAACAGUUUGUAAAACAAUCCUGUGGUACUACAUAUUUUCAAAUUAACACUAAUCUACAUCUUCAGUGUUUACUGGUUUAAAUGAUAAUGCAGGAAACAUGCAAAUCUAGGAGAAGUGGAAUAAUCUAGGAACACACACUCUGUCAUUCUCACACUCACACUACCAACAUGCUGUUAGCUGUUUGUGAAAUCUGAGCUUGAGCACAAAAAUAUUAUCAUAAAGGGCCAGUCAGUGCAAUGGGAAAGAAAUGAAUUAACUGUGAUGUUCAUGCUUAGCUGGUACUUUCAGUUUUUAAAAAAAAACUUUUGUAAGCAACCCCAUUGUUGUGGAUUGCUAUGUUAAACUCUUCUUAAUUAGAUCACAUUUACAAAGAAACUGACACCUGUGCCAUUUUAUUUCCUUGGCAUUGUGUAUAGUAUAUGCUACAAAGGACUCAGGACCAAGAUGAAAAUGUGGCUUUGGAGGCUUGUGAGUUUUGGCUGACUUUGGCUGAACAGCCAAUUUGUAAAGAUGUUCUAUGUCGGCAUCUUACCAAGUAAGUUGAUCCUACGCCCACCCUCCAUAAUUUUAUAGAUUCAGAAUUUAUUUGCAUCAUGCUUUCGAUGCCUUUUAAAAAAAAUGGAUUUUGGGAACAGAGGCAAGAAUCCACGUAUAAAACGUAUACAUUCUUUUGCAUUGAUGGUAGCAUAGUUGAGAGUGAUUACCUUGGUGCUGUUUCAGUGUGUGCAAGGAAGAUAACUGGCACACCUUUUUAAUACUGGGGAUGUAUGCAAGGCUGCUGAAAUCUUAUGCUUUCAAGUGGGGUUAAAGGGGGGUGUCCCUGUAAGUGCAAGUGCUAGAGGCUCAGAAACCACAGAUACCUCAAUGAAUGCUUCCUGGACACCUCCAUAUUUUAUUGGAGGCAAAGAAAAUUGUAUAGCUGCAAACCAGCUGAUAUUCAAGAAAUGUUCUUUCUCUUUAGGUUGAUACCUGUGUUAGUAAAUGGCAUGAAAUACUCAGAGAUAGAUAUAAUUCUCCUGAAGGUAAGCAUGGUUUCCCCCCUCAUUUGUUGAAGAUAUGCCACUGUCCCUUAUAUUAGAUACUCUUACAAUGUUUGCCUUUAACAUGCGCAAUAUACGCAGCAACAUACGCAACAUUUAACAACUCUCAGUUAUUUGUGGACUCUGACCGCUUUGUUGCAACACUGCUGGUUUUUGCAGCCUUCCCACUUGUUGGUUCACAGGCUAUGAAGGGAAGACUCAGUGCACCGAAUUAAACAAUGGGAUUGGGUGCAGGGUGGCUAUGAAGCUAAAAUAUAAGGCAAGCUGUAUUUUCCAGAGUAAGAUCAGUUUUUGGAAAUAUGCCACUUUGCUCUUAUAUGUUGUAAACUCAGAAGUCCACCUUCAUCUUGCGAAUAGAUUUAAAUCACACUUUUACUCUACCCCAGUGCCCAGAGGUUUAGGGCAUGUAACAUAAUGUUGAAGUCUCAGCUCUGCACUGAAGAAAACAAAUACACUGACGUUACUUCAGCAUGUAUAGGCUCUUUGCCAUUUUGGUUUCUGAUUACAGGGAGAUGUUGAAGAAGAUGAAGCUAUCCCAGAUAGUGAGCAAGACAUAAGGCCCCGCUUUCACCGUUCAAGGACGGUAGCGCAGCAGCAUGAGGAAGAUGGCAUUGAAGAGGAGGAGGAGGAAGAGGAUGAGCUGGAUGAUGAUGAUACUAUUUCUGACUGGAAUUUAAGUAAGGCCAUAUAAAAUACUGUGCAGUAAAAUAUUUAUGUGGUGAAUUCAUAGAAUUGUAGAUUUGAAAUGGACUCUGGAAGUCAUCGAGUCCAACUCCCUGCAGCGCAGGAGUCUUUUGCUCAAUGUGAGACUCAAACCCACAACCCUGUGAUUAAGAGUCUACCAACUGUCCUUAUUUUAUUGUUCAGCAAUUGUUCACCUAUUCAGCAAUUGUUCUGAAGUUAUAAUGCCAACUUUGUAAAAAUUCCCUUAACUUGGUUUUUUAAAAGUCCUCUGGAUUAUGUUCUGUACUUGCAAUUUAUCAGUCACUGAGCACAAGUAGAAUAUUUCUUCUGGGUUUUUGCAACUGUUGCAGCUUUUUGAUAAAAGGGGUGAAAAACAUUUAUGAAGUACAAACCCUAUUGAAAUUAAUGGGGGUUUGAGGGCCUUUUUAGGAAAUCAUGCUCACAGUUGAGCAAAUAAAACUUCAAGCUUUUCAAAAAGUUGUUACCUAAUACAUGUCUUGAGUGUUACUCAGAUGUGAUUCAAUAAAAGCAUUCAAAACAUGUUGCACAUCUUGUGAAUUGCCUUCAUGAAUGCUGUAAUGAAAACUAAUUGAGUAGUUAAGCCUUCUGAUGAUAUGCAUGGAAUGAUUUUGUUUUGAUUAUUCUAUAAAGCUUUCGCGGCCUACAAUUAAUACGAAUGUAGCAUUGAGUUGAAAUUUUAUGACUAAAAUGUGUCUCAAGUGUAUUAAAUGUGUGUUUGUGUAUCUGUUUUAGGGAAGUGUUCAGCUGCUGCUCUUGAUGUCCUUGCCAACGUAUUCCGCGAUGAAUUGCUGCCACACAUUUUGCCCCUUCUAAAAGAACUGCUUUUUCAUCCAGAGUGGGUUGUGAAAGAAUCAGGCAUCCUAGUACUAGGAGCAAUUGCUGAAGGUUAGUCAGUACUUUCAAGGACAGGCUUAGCAUCCUGUAUUCCAUGCCAGCCCCUAGCUAUGCUUUUUCUCCUCCUCCUCCUCUCCCCCCUCAAGCAGGCUGUCCGCUUGUUGUGAUCUCUGUCUCUUCCUGCCCCAAACGCCACCUAUUGUUAGUUGCCUCUGCCCUGUUGUUUUCUUUCCUUGUUGUUUUGUCCACCAUCCCCAUUGGGCAACAGCCACCACUUGUGUUUGCUAAAAUACGUUGCCUCCUGGAAGUUUGUUAAUAUUAUGGAUUGUUUUUUCAUGCUGGCUUCACUCCUUUGUGUGUGUAUGGAGGGCGGAUUCUGCUAGGCACAUCUAAUUUGUAACCUAUUUUUACAGGUUGCAUGCAGGGUAUGAUUCCAUAUCUUCCCGAGCUAAUCCCUCACCUUAUUCAGUGCCUCUCUGAUAAAAAGGCUCUUGUGCGCUCCAUUACUUGCUGGACUCUUAGCCGCUAUGCACACUGGGUAGUCAGUCAACCCCCAGACACGUACUUGAAGCCAUUAAUGACUGAGUUGCUAAAGCGCAUCCUGGAUAGCAACAAGAGAGUACAAGAAGCUGCCUGCAGGUAGGUCAGAGUCAUAAAAGUAUUGCCAGUGGUCCUCAAAGAACAGGGUGAAGAUGUGAAACCCUUUUUCAUUGUGUUGAAAUAUUCUGUUUGAUCUUGAACAGCUUUUCAUUAGUCUAGACAAACAUCUUAUUUUUGAAGUUGUCUUAGGAGUUUCUCUUCUGUUCUAAAUGCCCUUGUUCGUUGUAGCUGCUUUUAUUUUAUUUUUUUGUGGGAAUGAUAACAUUUGUCACUGAUUCUCACUUUGCACAGAACAUGAAUGCUGUGUAUUGUCAAGUCAGCAAGUUCUGUUCUAGGUAUUAUUUUAAGAAUUUAAUCCAGAAGCACAUUCAAGUAACCCAUCACACCCACUAGCACUUUUGGAUUUCUGUAUCUUUGGAGCCUAGCUUUUACUUGGAAACUUGGGGACUUUGGAAAACCCUUCAGGUUUAUGGCUUUGUUUUAUUUAUUAAAAUAAUUUACUACCCUCUCUUCAUUGUUCACACAAUCCCAAAGCAAGAAAGAAUUUUGAAAUACAGUAGAACAGUAUUUCACUGAAAUACAAUUUAAUGUGAAACCAGACAAAAUAUGACUACCUUUGCCAAGUACGUUAAUCAGAUACUUGAGUGAAGAGCAAAAUCUUUACUUCAGUUUAAAGUAGGGUUUCUCCAUCUUCAGAGGUGUUAUGACCUGUGAAAAUAAAUGCAAAGCCAACUUCCAGUGCAUCUUACCAGAAUGGUUCUCUCUCCCCCCCCCAUGUGACCUUUUUAAAAAAAGCAGUGAAAGUUUGUCUCAAAGAGAGGAGUGCAUUCUCUAAUUCUGCAUACUAAUUUUUUCUUUUGCUUCUUAGUGCCUUUGCUACUCUAGAAGAGGAGGCUUGUACAGAACUUGUUCCUUAUCUCGCUUAUAUACUUGAUACUCUGGUCUUCGCAUUUAGUAAAUACCAGCAUAAGAAUCUGCUCAUUCUUUACGAUGCCAUAGGAACUUUAGCAGAUUCUGUAGGCCAUCAUCUAAACAAACCAGUAAGUAUCCUUUAAUUCAGAUUAAACUGAUAAUUUUGUUCACCUCUUAAUUAGUCCUACAUUCUAGAGGCUUAUUUCCUUACUUUGGUGUGUUGCAAGCGGGAAUAUUUCAACACACUCCAUUGUUUAAGUACCAAGCAAUUUGCCCCAUCAUCCUUUAACAAAAUUUCAACAUAUCCUUCACUGGCCUGAAUAUUGCUUCCUUUCUGUUUGUUAUGAAAUCUGUGGUGCUAUCUUCAUCAAAUUGGAGAACUGUGCUAAAACUAACAAAAUGAAUUUCAGUAGGAACAAAUGUAAGGUUCUACACUUUGGUGGGAAGAACUGGCUUCACUAAUAUAAGAUGGGGGACACCUGGAUUGCCAGGUGAAAAUUCUAUUAUAGGCUGCACCAAGUUUAGUGUCCAGAACAUGGGAAGCAAUAGUAAUAUUCUAUUUUGCCUUGCCAGACGAUACCUGGAGUACUGUGUCCAGUUCUGGGCACAACAAAUUAUGGAAGAUAUUGACAAGCUGGAACUUGUGCACUUUCUCAUUUCAACAUUCCUGUCAUGUAGGUUAGACUGAGAGCUAGUGAUUACCCAGUGAUAUUUCCUAUGGAGUGAGAUUUGAAUCUGGGAGUCUCCAGACCAAGUAUGACACUCCUUUUUGGGAGUUUGUGGUUCUCAGUUGGUAAAGUAAACUUUUGGAGAUUAUUACUCCAUAAUUUUGAUAAUACUGGAUUUUUUGAAAAACGGUGUCACAUGUUUGAAGUGGAAACAAUGUUGGAUUUAAUGGAAUUUACAAUGGCUUACUUAAAUGUGUCAUUUUAUUUCAUUGUCUUUAGGAAUAUAUUCAGAUGCUUAUGCCUCCAUUAAUCCAGAAAUGGAACAUGUUGAAGGAUGAAGAUAAAGAUCUUUUCCCUCUAUUAGAGGUAAUUGAUUGAUUAUUUAAUUUCUUUAAUGCUUAAUAUAUUAAAAAUAUCUCUAAGAAGCAUACAAAAAAAGAAGCAACAACAGACAACUUAAAUGAAAUAUUACAAAAAUACACAGUUACAUAUAAAAAUGUUUCACACACACACACUCAUUUUCCUUCUGACGCUCUCAGCCUCUGGGUUCCUGCCGAGGGUCCAAGCAAACUCUCAGCUCACCCACAAAAGUCUCACAAUGGGAAGAGUUCCUGGAAAUAGCAGACAUCACUCUAGUCUCUCACUCUAGACUUGUUUUUUAGGGGCAGGCCCAAGGUGGGUGCUGCUCCCUCAAGCUCCCCCACAGCUGUGUUCUAUUCAGCUGCACUCUCCACACCCAGUUCCAGAUAAAGUAGGUUUGUUGAGUUUUGCAGGGAGUCUAGAAGAGGGGGAAAGGGCCCCCCUCCACUCACAGCUCUUUCUUCACCCUCUGUUCUCUCCUCCUCCAGUUGCUCACUAAUAGUUUUGCAGUUUUCCUUGAUAUAUACACGCGAGAGAAGCUUCUCCUGGGAGAUUAAUUCUAUGUCCAUUUACAAUUCUACACCCCCUUACUUAGGAAUAAACCCCAUUCCGACUUGGUGGGAUUAUUGACUAUAUGUGUAUCAUUGAGCUCAUUAGGAUAUAUUUUGAGGGAAGGACACAUAGGGUUGAGAGGUAGGAAUUAAUGAUGUUGGUAAUUGCAUGGGUCUUGGCAUGGCCAAAGCUAGAACUCUGGCCACACUGUUAUGAAGUUCCUUAAUUCUGCAGUUCAUGUACUUCAAAAAGUUGACCUUUCUAAAAGAAGCUGUUUGUAGCAAACAUGCAUGCCCGCAAUUGAAAGCUCAUAUCAGUUGAAUAUCCUUGAUACUCACUACUUUUUCUUCCGUAUUUCAGUGCCUAUCUUCGGUUGCCACUGCCUUGCAAUCUGGCUUCCUUCCAUACUGUGAACCUGUGUACCAGCGCUGUGUAAAUCUGGUACAGAAGACUCUUGCACAAGCCAUGGUACUUUUCUGUUGUUGGCCUUUAGAGGAUGGGGGAAAUUAUCUUCAGUUGCCUUUUAAGUGAAGCUUGUUUUCUGGAGAGAUUUGUAAUAUUAUUUCACCAACUUAAAAUAAUGUUAAUAGCAAAAAUGGUUCAUUGUAUGUCGCUUAAUUAAGCCUUUUAAGCAGUGCCCAACUGUGUGUUUUUAUUAUAGUUGCACAAUGCUCAGCCAGACCAGUACGAAGCUCCAGAUAAAGACUUCAUGAUUGUGGCUCUUGAUUUACUUAGUGGUUUAGCUGAAGGACUCGGUGGCAACAUUGAACAGCUAGUGGCUCGGAGCAAUAUCCUGACACUCAUGUACCAGUGCAUGCAGGUGAGGCAAAUAAUCCCCUUCUCCUGCCUCGCUUUUGAAAUAGAAUGCUUAAAAACACAAACUUACUUCUGUUUCUCUCUUUUAGGAUAAAAUGCCCGAGGUACGACAGAGUUCUUUUGCCUUGCUGGGCGAUCUGACAAAGGCAUGUUUUCAACAUGUGAAGCCAUGCAUUGGUAUGUGACUUAGCAAGGCAAAUUCUUCAAAUUUGGAGUCUUGUCCAUGCAUGGCAUCAUUGUGACUAGAAAUGCUCCUUCUAUGUGUAAAGGGAAAUUUUGAAAGUUUUGUUUUUUUCCUAACAGGUUUAUGGUACAAAAGAGAAUAUAUUAUUGCCAUCUAAGUUUGAUGUAGAACUUUUCCUCCAGAACCUUGUUUCUGGCUAGGCAGUGCCUAGUAAACACAUGCUUACUUUAUAGCAGGAGAUCCUGUUCAAAAUGUUGGGAAUGUCUAAAGCUGCUUUUUUUGUUUCAUUGAACACUUGUGGUUAUAUUUGCAUCCCACGCAAAUUGGUAGCCGAGGUCCCUUGCUUGCAGUGGAAUUGAAUUUAACCUUAUUGGGCUGUACCAGGAGUUUCUUAUGCCUAGGAAGAGUUUCUGGCUAAGAAAAAGUGAUUGUCCUUCACAUGGGUUUUCUGCUGAAGUUACAUGAAACUGAACAUUUGUGUGAAGUUCUAGUUGUGGGAGAGUUUUAACAGUGUGGCUUGUGUUCUUUUCAGCUGACUUCAUGCCAAUUUUAGGAACCAACCUUAACCCAGAGUUCAUUUCUGUCUGUAACAAUGCCACGUGGGCAAUUGGAGAAAUUUCUAUUCAGAUGGGUAAGGUUUGCUUCUUUAAAGUUAUAGUUUGGAUUUUGCAUGGUAUAGAUUAAAUUUUUUACCAGUUGUAAAUUCUUGUGUUCAAUUGCACUUAUGUACCUGUUAUGAAAGCAUAUGUUCAGGUUUUUAAUGAACUGUUUUAUGUGUUUUUUCUUUCUUUCUAGGUAUAGAGAUGCAGCCUUAUAUUCCUAUGGUCUUGCACCAGCUUGUAGAAAUCAUUAACAGACCCAACACACCAAAGACUUUGUUAGAAAACACAGGUACCCUACAACUGAACUCUUUGCAGUGAAUGAAGUUAUGCAGAUGUCUGUUUGUAAACCAGACUAUUCAGAGAGUCGUAGGUAAACUGCAUCAGUUUUAAAGCAAAAGCAACUCAGUUUGGAUGGUGUUGCAAACCUCAGCCUUGCAAUUAAGUGCAAUUAAACGGAUUUAAUUUUCAAUUAGCAGAUGCUAUUAAGGACUUAAACGUAGCAUAGAAUUUGACAUCCUUUUUUGUACAAAUUGUAUGUGUGUUCUGUGCACAUAGCUAAUUUACAGAAGCCUUCUAACUAUAGCUGGCAAGAGGAUGCAAGCAAACUGCUAUUUAAAAAAAAGAGUAGCUGACUAUCAUAUAUUAUAUAUCUUGCUAACUUGUUACAUAGUUUAUUAAAUAUAGCAUGCUCUUAAAUGGAGACCUUAGAAAUUGCAGAUUGGUUGAAGAUUAAAAGACCCUUUAAAAUUGAGUUUUAGGCUUGUUCUGUGCUAGUAGAAAGCAUGUUCUGUGUGUGUUUCUUUUUUUCUUUUUUAAAAGAGCUUUUCAUUUUCUGAAAAAUGCUAAUUGUCAUCUCUGACUAUCUCUGUCUGCACUGUAAUCUGAUACCAGUGAUACUAAGCCUGUAAAUGCAGAUUUAUAGUUACAGACUGAAGUGAAAAUGAAUGGUUACCAGAAUUUCAGUCUAGACAUUGAUAACUUGGCCAUUGCCUUCACGGCUGUGGGUGGGAGUCAGAUUAUAUUCUGUGCAUGUUUGUUAAAUAUCUAGCAAUGAGUGCAAAGACUGUAACUGUAUAUUUUAUGUUAACCUGGAAGAUAAGCUACAUGGUAAUUUGGCACAUUAUGUAUUGCGCUAUUCACAGUACGUUUGCAAACACAUGAUGUGUGUUGUGGAACAACUCUUUUAGAUCAAAGAAGUCUCCUGGCAAUAACUGGGAGUGACACCUAUACAUUUUCUUUACGGUCAUUGGUACAUUACCUGUAGUGCUUGCUUUUUACACAGUGCAGAAGUUAAGAGACAUUUGAUCCCUCACCAUAACUUCUAAAUAUUAGUUGUAAAUACCCAAAAGGCUGAUACUACAGAUAAAUGUUGAAUGUGUUGUACUUUAGGUUUGUUGUGGGAUAUUCUGGUCUAUACUGUAGGAUGUUGUCAUACUUGAAAUCUCAAUGCAGAUCUACCAUCGAUCUACCAAAACUAGCACCUUUUAACAUUAUAGUGCUUUUCCUAAUUGACAUCUUAUGUUGAAUGGCUGCUUAAGAAAUGAACUCUGUAAGAGUACUUGCCAAAAAUAAUAGGCUUUGUGGUCUAAAUUCCACUCUGUAUUCUCAACCAGUGCAGCAUUCCCAUCAGUCUCUAAAUAAUGGGAAUAUAAUUCUAAUGGGAAUUGAAUGAGUGUUGCGGCAAAAUCAUACAGAAAACCUUGUAGCCCAUAGCAUUGGAAGUGAUCUCAAAGGUCAUGUAGGUCAGUCCCUUGCUGACACAGGAAAUCCACUACUAUAACAUCCCUAGUUAAUGGUAGGAUAGGAAUUGUUAAUAUUAGAGGCUGAUUCAUGAAUGGCACAAUAAAUAAUUGGAAAACAAAGCCAAAUAUUUUCUUUUAGCCGUAUUAAUUAUAAUUCCAUUUUAUAGUGUUGGUAUAUCCUACACCAAAUCUCAUAGUGAAAAGAGCAUCAUCUGCUUUAUUGCAUGUGUUCAUGAGAUUGUUCACAAAUGCCUGUUCUGGAGUGUUGCACAAUGUCUUUUAAGCAUAGGCUUCUCUGCUUCAUAUGAAUCUGCUGGAUUUUAGUAUUCAUGUAGUUUGCUUCAAAUAAUCCUUAAACAUACCCACACUCUCCCUUUUCUGAAGAAUUACUCUGCGAGUUGAGAGAACACCAUUAAAGCCACACGCGGUCAGCGUCCAAGCAGCCCCUUCACAUGAAUGGCCAGGUGCCUGACAGAUCAGUUCACACUGAACAGAUCCCUUCAUAUUUAUGCAGGAUCUUUGACUCCAGAGAUUAAUUCUGGCAAUUGUUGAAUCGUUAGAUAAUAAAAUCAAAAGCUGCCUUAUCUUGUAAUGAAAAGCUAAUACAGAUACAACCCCCUGAUUCCUGCUGAAUUUAGCUUUUAUCUUUAAAAGAAUUCUUUGAGCGUUAUGAAUAGAAUUCCAUUUUUCCCCUGGAAAAUCGUAAAUUUUAAAAGUUUAUGUUACUUUGAUUUUAAAAUUAAGGUCUGCCGUUUAAAAUUUAAUUACAAAUAGUAUUCUUUCAAGGAAGCCAAGUAGCUGUGGGUUUUUAACCCUGAGAAAUGGGUAGCAACUCAGUGUAAUAAAUAACAGUGACUUGUUACUAAAGGUGACUCAAAAUACCUUUUGAUUAAAUAGCAUUGUCACAGUUUGAACCGUAUUAUUUAGACUGAGCAUUUGGAUUUUAAUUUGUGCUUUUGGUGUCCUCUCAUUCGCUUAAUUCCUUUCCCCCUCCUCCAAAUAGUAUGCCACAUUUGCUACCCCUUAUUUUUAGGGGUGGUAAUGAACAGCACUGGUGAAAUCUUAUGUUAUUAUCAUACACAGGUUCUGUUGGUUUCUGUUUCUGAGUUAUUUGUUGUUUUUUCUUUAUUUUUCUCCUUCCCCCCUCAUUUGCUCAUGUCUUGGUUGGCGUUUGGUGGUGUAUAACCGUGAUUGCGUUACCUUAGCAAUAACAAUUGGUCGUCUUGGUUACGUUUGUCCUCAAGAGGUGGCCCCCAUGCUACAGCAGUUUAUAAGACCCUGGUGUGUAUUAUUCAAUCUUUUUUUUAUUCAUUUUUUCUUCACUUUCUUCUUUCUUUCUUUCUUCCUUUCUUUCCUCUCUCUAUCUCACUUCUAGAUAUACUUUUCAGUUGGUUACAAAAAUCACUAUUCUUAAUCAUUGCCAACCAUGUGACUAAUCUUGUCCUAUCAGGUUUGUGAGUUUUUUUAGCAGUACCGUCAUGUAUAUAUUUCAUGUUGUGGCUAACAACUAAUUAAUGCAUGGGAUAAGAUUGUCACAUGCUUGAUGUGUUAAAGCUUGAUUAUUAAAAAGCAUUUUUAAAAAUCCACCAGUAUGAUUAUGUGCAUGCAAAUAGCAUAAAACGUUAAAACAUCGCAUUACAUUACUUCAAACUCAUUUGCGAUUUGACUUGCUGUCUGAAAUAUAUGUUUAUAAACUUGUACCAAAAUAGAUUGCUUGCUGCUGUAAACAAGUGAGAGAUGUUCUGUUCCUGGUAUUUGAUAGACUUCAUACUGUAGCAGUAUAUGCUGCUUUUAGCACUGAAAGCUAAUAAUGAUACAAUGCAGAAAAUAGAUAGAGGUAUUUAAUGGAAUAUAGGUCACUUGUGCACUACAAGAAAGAAUUUGAAAUUGGCUGAUCUGGCAUCUAUAAAAUUCUACGGUUUCAAAUCAGGUUGAAAGUGUACAAAGUUAGGGGUACAAAGUAAGAAACCUAACAUGUGCUGCAUAGUCCUUAAGCUUCAUUGGGACACUUAUUCCAUCAAAUACAAUACCAGCUAAAGUUGGACACAGAGAUUAAUCUAACCCUUUGUUCUUUGUUUUAAUAGGUGCACCUCUCUCAGAAACAUAAGGGAUAAUGAAGAAAAAGAUUCAGCAUUCCGUGGAAUUUGUACCAUGAUCACUGUCAAUCCAAGUGGAGUAGUCCAAGUAAGUCUUGUGUUGGUCUUGAUUGGCUUAGAUGAACACAUCGCCCCAUUGGCUGCAGAUAAGAAUUGAGGUGGUGGUGUGUGUUUUAAGGAAAAAAUUAAGACACGUACUGCCCAAAGUACCAUAGCAACAAUGCUGGGAGACAUUAAAAAGUGAGGAUCAGAGAUUAAUAGGACCCUUUAAGCCAGAUGUGUGGUCUAAAAUUUGAUCUUCUGUCCCAUGUUACAUCAUCUUAUUUAGAUACCAGAUUUAAACUGUGCAUAUGGGAUAAAACCAAUGGUGUUCACACGUAAGCUGAAGGGGCUUCACCUUGUGCAGUGGGACUUCACCUUCCUUUCCUCCCCACUGCAGUAACUUGCACAUACCCAAAAUCUGUUCUAAGGACUGAGAGACUAUCCAGAACAAAUUUUGAAGGAGGCAAAGUGGUGGUCCUAUCACAUGAGCAGAACUGCACUCAUACAGUGUUGGAUCAAACCAGUAAUGAGUCUCCAAAAUGCCUCAGGAAGCUACCCCCUCUUAAUUCUGUUACUCAUGGGGGCCACUUUUGAGAUUGCUCUAUUUUGGAAAAAUAAGAAACUGCCCAAAGUACAUUCAUAGUAAGAUCUCCACUCAGUUGAAGAUUAUGUCAUAUCCUAGAUAAGCAGAUAGUUUUCUUGUGGGGAAAAUGGUACUCUAUUCUUGGCUCUGCAUAAAUGUUUUGUAAAAAUUAAAUGCUGGAAUUCUGCUCUGUCUUUAUUUUAUUGAGGCAUUGUUUGGUCGACAUAUAUUCUAAUCCCUUUUUUGAAUAACAGUUCUUAGAUUAUUGCCAGACUAGAAUACCUGUAAGCAAGAACUAGAUCGUGCGACUGUCAGCACCUUUAUUUCUAUCACUUUGUUGCCAUAUACAUACAUACAUACAUACAUACAUACAUGUUUGUCCCAGUUGGCUUCAAAUAACAUCAAGUGUUGGUCUGUUUCACUGUGGAUUGUUAAUGGCUUGGUCUGAGUAUAUACUAUUUCAAAUACCAGAAUUGAAAAUGGACACUUCAAAAUGUUAAUGUGAUUUAGUGAUAUGAUGAUGUGCUGUUUUCUCUUUAGAAUGAUGAGUAAAACUCAAGAAAGCUGGGGUUGUAGUAUUUAAAAUCUUAUGUUUUGCAUUCUUCAGACCAGCUUCUAAUAGGAAUAAAUUUGAUGCAGAAGGUAGAACUUGAGGAAACCUUUUGAGGGGGGGUGUCAAAAUAUCUCCCCACCCCCAUGACAGCUGCUUUUUAAGAAGUGGUGGAAACAGUGGAAGUUCAAAUUGUGAAACUCCUGCUUCCUCCUCCAGUGGGGUCAAACUAGAUGCUAAGUUCAGUUCUAAAAACAUUUAUCGCUUACCUAUUCUUUUACCAUCAAUGGGACUUGCUUCCAGAUCAAGUGCCACAAAGAGGAACCCUGCACAUUUCUCACAGUUGAUCAUUUUAACCUUCUUAACUAACUCCGCUCUGACCCAAGCUCCUGCAUGUGUUUCACAAUUCACACAAAGUUCUUGCAGUUACUGUCUGGAGCCCAGCCACCCAUUUGAAUGCUUAUACAGAUCACAGAUUCGUUAUUGAAAUCAUUGCUACUGUUCCCUAUAAAAAGGAUACAGAAAAAGGAAUUUGACAUAGGUGUAAAAGGCUUCAGAAUUUUUAUUGUAUAUAAUAAAAUGUUUGAUGGAGAAACUAUAAAAUGUAGAUCUAGGCCUCAUCUGCACUAUACUUUUAAAGCAGUAUCAUACCACUUUAAAGUCAUGACUUUCCCCCAAAUAAUCAUCAGAACUGUAGUUUGUUAUGGGUGCUGAGAGUUGUAAGGAGGCUCCUCGUCCCCUCACAGAGUUAAAGUUCUCUGGGAAUUGUAGCUCUCAGCACUCUUCACAAACCACAGUUCCCAGGAUUCUGUGGGAGGGAAGUCAUGGCGAUUUAAAUGGUAUAAUAGCACUUUAAAUGUAUGGUGCUGAUAGGUCCCUAGAAUUUAAUUACACUGAUAUUUCUGUGCAGAAUCUGUCCAUUUGUAAGUACUCAUCUCUAAUUUGCACAUUUUGAAAACAUUUGCAGGACUUUAUAUUUUUUUGUGAUGCUGUUGCAUCAUGGAUUAGCCCAAAAGAUGAUCUUCGAGACAUGUUCUGUAAGGUAAUGAGUUAUUUCACAUUUUUUGCUUCAUGGGGCUGUAUUAUUAGAACAUGUGAAGUUAGAGUGUACUUAAAGUGGCACAAAAGGAAUGUAGCCUAUUCUGGUGUUCUGAAAAAUUGCUCUAUAGUAUUUCUAUCUGAGCAUUCAUAGUUACUGUUGAAUUCAUUAUGAGCUCCUUCCAGAAACUAAGAAUUGUUAAUGCACACAGUUCCAUCACUACCCCCCUUCAUCUUUUCUAAGUAAAACAGCUGGAGAAUGGAAUGUGUGUGCAAGAAGAGAUGAAUAUAUGCCUAGAAUCUAGGGCUUUUUGAUGGAAGGAAGAUAGUAAAUCAGAUAAAUUUGUGGCACAAAUAGAACUCAUUUUUAAAAAAACAAGUUUUGGAUCUAGUAUGUGACUUUUUGCAAACACUGUAACCAUUAUCAAUGUGCAUCUAGUUUUUCUGUUGUCAGAUGGUCACUCUUCUAAGGCUUUUAAUUCAGUUGCUCUUUGAAGAAAACAUUUAAUUUUCUGCUCCCCUUUAGAUCCUUCAUGGAUUUAAAAAUCAAGUUGGAGAUGAAAAUUGGAGGCGUUUCUCUGACCAGUUUCCUGUUCCCUUAAAAGAACGCCUUGCAGCUUACUAUGGAGUUUAACCUAAAGUAUUCAAGCUGCAGUACCAUAAUGAGGGGUAAGCUGGGUUGACUUUCAAAGCUCCUCCCUUUUUCCAGUGCAUGAACUGUUCUGUAUUGUGUAUGUUGACUGGUGGAUAAGCUGAAGUUUUAACCUCCCUCAAAUAACCACGUCUCUUUGCCUAUUUAGCAACAGCUAAUGGAGGAGACUCAUUUAGUAGAUUUUGUUUGUUCAUUUAUUCCAGGGCUGGGAACCUUUUUGGCCCCACUUAUCAGGAUCAGGAUGGCGUUGCUCAUCUGCCUUCCAAACACCCAAGUGUUGCUGUCAGUUUCUGAGAGGGAGAGGUGGGGAGCUCAGCAUAGUGUGGGCACAACAGUGCAGCUAAUCGGACAACCCUACUGCCUCAAUGAGUCACCUGCACCUUGCCUCUCUCUAUAAUUGGCAGCGAUGGCUGGUGAAGGCAAGUGAGCAUCGCUGUACUGCCCCACCAAUCACUACUACUUGCAGGCCAAAUUGGACACAUCACCUAGCAUUGCAAAUGAUUUGGUGCUUUGAAGUCCCAAAGUCAGCACUUCAAAGUGCAGCCAAAUGGAGCAGGUGCAGGUCCCUUCAGCACCUAUAGCAAACAAGAUUGGCCACCCCAAUUUAUCAGCUGAUGCACAGGUGUACAAUCUUCUUUUAUACAAAGUUUCAGAAGCUCCCAAGAAGCAGCCGGAUGGUGAGCACUUUGGAAGGUGUGCAAGGGGCUUUGCAGACACUGCAGAUCACCAUGCCUGCAAAGCCCCUUUUGGCUGAGCCCCCACCCUUGCCUGCUCCACAUUGAUGUCAGGUGCAGGGUAGGUGAGCACGGCUUGACCAAAAUAGCCUCAUGGGUCAGAUGGGGAAGACUGAUAGGCCAAAUCUGGCCUGUGGGUUGGAGGUUCCCCAGGUUAAUUCCUUCUCAUGGAAACACGCCAAAGGCCAUAAACUGCUGCAGUAGCAUUCUCUUUAUUCAGCUAAGCUAAGCCUAUAGCUAGCUUCUCUUCUGCAAGCUUUUUUUGUUGACUUCACAUAUUUUAAAAUUACCUUAUGGAACCUUCCAUACUCUUGCAUGGGUACAAAGCAGCCUUCAUAUAUAAAGUGCAAGAGUUGCAGAGGUGAAACUGCCGACCAUUAAUGGUCAUUACUUGUCCUCUUCCGUGGUCUCUUCUGAAGGGUUACUGGUUCUUCCUGCAAAAUCCCACCUCAUGGAAGAGAAGCCACACCCCUCAUUUACUCCUUGGAGAACUUGGGGUGAAGAUCAAGGCUUUUGCAGGAAAGACAGGGACUGUUGCCAAGUGAGGAAGGGUUGUUUGCCGCAAGCAAAGAAAUAAAUUUAUGGCAUCUUGACAUACAAUCAUUGACAGCAGGGUGACGGUUUGUCCAUAUCACAUGGAAUUUGCCCCCUGUCUGUUGGCAGGGGCUGAAAUAGAGGGAAAUAUAUCUGAUACCUUAAUUCUAGUAGUUCUGCAUAUAGCUUUAUAACUAUCCUGCUAGAAGUUUUGUCAGUUGCUUGUCUGGGAUAAAUAUCACAAUUGUAUGAGCUUUCAGUAAAACAUCAUAGGUGAUGUUUUAAACCCAGAAUGAUUUAAAGUAUGUAGAAGAAUGUACUUCAGGAGCAUAGAACCAUAGAGUUGGAAGGUAUCCCCCUGAGGGUCAUCUAGUCCUCCUUCAAUACAGGAAUCUCAACUACAGCAUCCAUGGUGGACGGCCGCCCAGCCUCGGCAUGGUUUCUCUGCUGAGAUUUCUUUCGCUUCGGAAGUUAAUUCAGCUGGCUUUGGAGUAGAAAGAGGAGAGUACCACCUGCGAAAACUGCUUGUCAUUUGCUAAUAAAAAGAAAGUUGAAGGCAAGGAAAUGGAACAUCCCUCUAAAUAUAUUAGUACUGUUGUGACUUUCUCUUGGAGGUUCACGUUGGGGAAGGGCCAUAGCUUAGUGCAGGCUUCCUCAACCUCGGCCCUCCAGAUGUUUUUUGGCCUACAACUCCCAUGAUUCCUAGCUAGCAGGACCAGUGGUCAGGGAUGAUGGGAAUUGUAGUCUCAAAACAUCUGGAGGGCCGAGGUUGAGGAAGCCUGGCUUAGUGUAUGCAGAAGGUCCCAAGUUCAGUCCUUGGCAUCUCCAGAUGUUUGGGAAUGGCCCUGGGCUGAAACGCUUGUGAAUUGCUGUCAGUUGGUGUAGGCAGUACUGAGUUGGAUGGACCCCGAAGGUUUGUCUGUGAAUAAGGCAGCUUCUUAUGUUUUUAACUUAAUCACUUUGCAUUUUUGACUAUGUAUUCCGAUCGUUGUGUAUUUAGUGAUAACAUUAUUUUAAAACACUUGCUUUCCGAACACUAAAUCUGUGACUUGCUUGCUUCUUUCAGGUCCUUCAGUCUGGAAGACUGGGAGGGAGCCUCGACACCCAGGGAAAAAAAUGUUACCCUUUACUGGGGGGAAGGGUAAACCAGUAGGGAAUACAGUACAAUCCCAAGCCUACUGGGAGGGGCGGGAGGGAGGUGUUGCCGUCACUGUAUUAAGCCGAUGUUGGGAAAUGUUUUAACAUCUGGAGCUUUUGUGGGUGGAAGUCUGUCUCCUGUUACAACUCUGCACUGGAUGUGAAGAAGCUCAAUAUAUAUAUAUAAAUAUAUAUUUACAACAGCACAUUCUGCAAUAUUAUGGGGAACUGUACCAAAAUGAAAACUAUAAAAUUGAACCAUAGAGAUAUGUAAAGAGGAAAUACACUGUGUGGACACGAUAAAGGAAACCGAAGGGUAGCGAUUGCAGAGAGCAAAAGGUGUGUCGUAAUAAGGGGUUUCUGCAUUGUUUCAUCUUGAUGGGAUUCCUAGGUGUUGCAUGUUAAUGAAGAACUAAACAAAUGAAGUUAGUACAGUUAAAAUAAAGCUUGCUGCCUGUAUUAGGAGCAGGCACUUGCAACGUACAAAUUUAAAUAACCCCAUAAUAAAGUAAUAAAGGUUAACUUGAACAAAAUGAAGCAACCUGCAAGAUGCCAAAUGAGUCACUCCUUUUCAUUUUUUUGGGUGGGGGGAGGGGCAUUAGAGAAGAAAGGUGAACCUUUUUAAAAAACAUUGAAACUUCAAAGGUAGUGGAUAUGAUUUGAUGGUUGUACUUCAUUAGAUUUAAUUUCUAGAGUAAGGCAUAAUUCUUAAUGUGCCGUUUAAGGUUCAGGCAUGCAUUUUGGAUCAUAGUGAUCAAGCGUCUUUUUAGUGGGAACGUAGCAUGCUUGCAUCAAAGGGUGAGAGUGGUAUACAUUUAUGUUGCGCCAGUUUUGUGUUGCAGUUUACCAAUUCAGUAUAGCCCUGCGUUUAAAAUUCCUUUAUGAUUCUGUGGAUUUUAUUUUUUCUUAGGAAUAUAGGUAUAAAAUACUGUAGUGACAAUUAGGCCUCAAAAUAUCUUUUUAGGAUCUGUUAGGAUUAAGAUUGAUAUUGUAUUGUGUAACCUGCACAAUGUGGAAAGCUGAUAUAGCUGUGCAAAGUAUUGCCUCUGUGCUGUCAGUGUGAUGUGCUUUCUGCAUGGUUAUACUAGUGAUUUUUAUCAAACCUAAAAAUGACUUAACAUGGUAAGACCUGUUUAAAGGCUACGUAAAUGUUAGUUGGCACGUAAAGACAAUGGUAGAAAACUGAUAACAUGAUUGCUACAUUUCAGUGUUUAUUCCCACCCAACGUAUUACCUUUCUAUAAUUUUCUCCUCCGCAAAGUAUGAUCUUAAGAGAUGCAUAAUUUGGUGGAUGUAAAGCAGGGUAUCUACACUGUAUUGGCGCAUGUUGGUGGCCCUUUGUAUCCUAGAGAGGACACAAUGGUGCAAGUGAAAAGCUACAGAGUGAAAGUUGGUUUGGAUCCUCUUCAUUUCAUUUGUUUUUAGCUUUUCUGUUUCCCCACCCCCUCUACUCACUUGUAUUCCUGUGAAUAAAUCCUUGUUAAGUUAACCCUUUACUUUUCUUUCCAUGUGUAUUUUCUUAUGUACUGUGAAUGUGAAAACCUAACUGGUACACUUGAUCUUGUGUUACUAUUAAAAAAAAAAAAGGAAGUUGUGAUUAAUUUAGAUUGCAUAACGAAUAUCCCAUGAUGAUAAAGGAAAAUGGAGAGACAAUAACUCUGCUGGUCAGAGGCAAAAGCCACAUGUUUCCAUUUUCCCUUAAGUGCUGCAAAAUUAAUCUGUGCAAAAAAGAAAAAGAAAAAAAAGCCAUAACAGCCGCCUUACAUUUUUGCUUCUCAUCUUUGCAUUGCAAAAACAACUACUGGAAAACUGUUUUUGCAGGGUCUGACUUUGCAUGAUUUGGUUCUUAUAAAGGUUGUUGAAUGAUUUAGCCAUUGCACUGACGUUCAAUCUUGUGUGAGUGAAUUAAAGAAAUCUGGCUUCAAAUUUUUGUUUGAUGCACGGUAGCAUGCAUAAAUCUUACACAUUCCUCUUUUUUUUCUUUACAAAUUUGAGUGGAUUAAACGUGCUUGAAAAUGACCUUUUUAAUACAUGUCCUAUAGGAAAGCCUAUGAAGAAUGGAAUUAAUGCUACUAGGUCUUGAAAUCUACUGGAAUAAAACUGCAUGUGGUGAUCUACUUUAAAAUUAACUUGCUGUGUCAGUAGCUACAACUUUUCUUUUGGCUGAAAACUGUAGUUGUAGCUUUUCCAAUCAUCAAUUCCGAAGAAAGGAAAUCUGAAAAUUUAUUUAGGGUGAAACUUGCCUUAGCAAGGGUUUGCAUUAAUCUUUCUGAAGACAGAGCAUUAGCCCAAAAUUUCUAUAUGGAAUUCUCUAAAACAAACUUAUUUGUUUUACCCUUGUGAAGUUGAACUGUUAAGUAGCCACUUACAUAAAUAUAUAUACAUAUAUAUAUAUAUAAUUUUAUUACAUGGGUUAAUGUAGAAGGAAGUGACUGUUCUACUGUGACUUAGUUGAUCAGGCAGAAAAGUAACAAACAAGAAAGCAAUAUUGUGGUUAAAAUGAUAAUUAUUGUUAUUAAGUUCAUAGCAAACCAAAACAUAUUCAUUCUGAGUAAAGUAUAGCAUAUUUGCAGAAACCACUUGGGUUAGAAUUUGAGAUGAGGAGAGCUCUGAUACAACACUAACAAUUGUAAUUCAACUAUAUUGCAUCAUGGGAUAUAUAAAGCAUCUUUUCAUGUAGUCUUGACAGUUAUUUGAAUGUUGACUGAAUGUUGAUACUGGUAGACUUGUGAGUUUGUCUUUGUUACAUUCCAGUGUUCUCUGCCUCUUGGCAUGCUACAAGCACGGCUUACUAAAUCUGCUCCUUACACAGUGAAUAAAGUGCUUAGUGUGCGAAACUACAGAAAUAGCCGCUGCUAAGUGAUGUAGAUUUUCUACUUGAAUAUUUUUGUUGUAGGAACCUCAGGAGGUCAGUGUUUACUGUUUUUAUAUAUGCCUUUGUUUUCAUGUCUAAGGCCCCCUUGCUUUGAAGGAUUCUAACAGUGAAUAAAGCUGCUGAUCAACCUAAGUUGGUAACAGAAAGUGUAUUUUAAAACAUUUUAAAUGCAUCUCUUUUGCAGUUAAACUUGUCUAAUAUUAUAGGGUUUUCUAGUGGUACACUUUAACUAUUAAGGGAAAGAAGUAUCUUAAUGUUCAUUUCAUUUCUUUAAAUCUAAGGGGAAUGGAUACAUUUUGUAAGUUUUUUUAAGCUUGAUUUGUUUUCUAAAUUGGUGUGUAGACAUCAGUUAUAAGAUGUAGAUCCUAUCUGUUGCGCCCUGAUGCUUCGGCAUGUUUACGCUGAAGCAAAUUCUAUUCCUUUAAAUGGGACUUGCUUCCAAGUAAGUAUGCUGAGGAUAGCAGCCAUAAAAGGGUGCAGUCAUGGCAACAUGCAUAGAAUAAUGUUUUCAAAUACAUAGCCAAUAGGAUUUUUUAAAAAGAAACAUAAAGUAAUUUUAGUUUUGUAACAAACACUAUUGAUACACACUGUGAUAAUUCUGAAUUUUUAUUUAGCAUUAGCAUGAAUUACUUAAGCUACAUAAAUAUUGUGUAAUUUAGAUUUAUACUACUUGUAAGAGGAUUUCCAAAGCUGAAACUUAUGUUGCUGUUUGGAUAAGAAAUAUUCAUACUAGUUUUAUCUCAGGUAAAAUACUCUUCUACCCAUUUGGUUCAACUAGAGGCUUCUAAUGUGUCUUAAGUGUUCCAGUUUGUCUUUCAUAUAGGAACUGCCUAAUGUCUUAAACUCUCGUAUCUAAAUUAACUUACUGUGGAACAGCAAUGACUGUGCUUCAAUAUAAGUCACCUAUUUUAUUCAUAUUGAAUGUAUUAACAGAGAUUUGUAACAUUCUUCUUAAGAGAAGAAUGCACCUGCACAGAAUAGCACCUAAAAAUCAGCAUAAAGAGUGCUUCAUAUUGUGCAGUGCAAACGUUAAGUUCCUGAUUUUUAAAAUUAAUUAUAACUUGGCAUAAAUCCUUCUGAUAUAUUUUUCUUGUGUAGAUGCCUAGACCUUUUUAGCGUAGUGUGUAGAGUCAAAAGAAUAACACUUCUUAAUGCAGUACUAAGCAGUUAACUUCAGCAGAGAUCGGACUGCUGUUGUGAGCAGUAAUCUUGUAAGAUAAUGUUGCUGUUUGCAUAUGAAUUUAUUAUGUACUGUGUAAACAUUUGGCUGUCUGGGAUACUUUAAUGCUGAAAUGAAAAUAUAAAUAAUCUUUACAUAUUAAUACAGUUCUGCUCAAUACUGCACUCAGUUUCAGAUAACUCUUCAUUUCAGAACUAUGUCCGUAGCCCAGUUUUGCUCUUUCUACUUGUCAGAGCAAAUGAGGGUUGGACUGUCCUGAAUAAAACUUUAAUAAGGGCAUACAUUGCAGCUUUUAUUCACUAAGAGAAUAAACUAAAAGAUACUUAGAUCUCUGUGUGCAUGACAGGGAAACUAAUGGUUAGUUUAGUUUUGCUGGACAAAUGCACUUCUUACGCAAAACCGUUACUUUGCAAAUCCGUUUCAGGACUCACGGUAUGUUACCUUCCACGCAUGCCACACCUUUACAUGUCAGUUCAUUUAAGAAUGGAGGUCUCUUUUGGAUGUGCAAGAAAGCUACAAAUCCUUGGCUAAUUUUUGAGGGCACUCUCUCCAAAACUUAAGGGCACUCUUUCUUCUCCAUGCCCCCCCUCUGGAAAAAAAAACAUAAUCAAAAGUUCUCUCAAUUAACUCCUACCUGUCCUAAAAUUAAUUGUUAAAGAGUUGGAUGUACUAACAAUAGUUGAAGUAGCCAGAUCUUUCUGCUGACAACUUAGGUUGUAUGAGUUAUGCUUGAAAGCUUUAAAUUGAAUGUGUUUUCUGUAUGUUAGAAUAUUCCCUUCAAACAUAUCCUUCCACAACCUCUAAAGCUGUAUUGAGUUGAUUUUUCCUGUCUGCCUCUGCUAACACAACUUCAUUCUAAAUAGAAUAUGGUUUUGAUUUUUGAUAAGCUGCUGAAUUCUAAAGAGUUUUUUGGGGCCACCAAAUAUUUUGGAUCAUGCAGAGAAUAUAUAUUGUAAUGUAGUAAUUUUGUAUUUACAUUUGUAUGAUGUGACAAUAGAUGUGAAUGUUAAUCACUGCUUGACGAUGUUAAUAAAAUUUGUUUAAAUAU